AUGAACCUUCAGCAUACAAAAGUCCGAAAUAGACUCGAGCCUCACCGCGUUGAGAAAUUGCUCUUCGUGCAGAUAAAUAAACGACAAUUCCGGGCGGAACGGCCUCCCGAAGUCGCGCAAGAAUCACUACUUCAAGAAGAGGAUGACGAGAUAGAGAGGGUUUUGCAGCGAAACCAAGUGCUAAACGAUCUAUCAGAGGGAUCAGACCAACAUCAAGACCAACAUCAAGAGCAACAUCAAGAGCAACCGCCAGAGCAACCGCCAGAGCAACCACUAGAGCAACCACUAGAGCAACCACCAGAGCAACCAUCAGAGCAACCAUCAGAGCAACCAUCAGAGCAACCAUCAGAGCAACCACCAGAGCAACCACCAGAGCAACCACCAGAGCAACCACCAGAGCAAUCACCAGAGCAAUCACCAGAGCAACCACCAGAGCAAUCACCAACAUCUGUCCUAGUUUCAGCAUGGAAUUCAGCAUUGACUUCAGCUUCAGCAUCAACGAAUCCUGCCCUCAUUUCUGCGUUGAAUUCGAGGCUUAACUCAUUGUUGGAAGCCAACUUCGGAGUCUCCCCUUAG